AUGGUGCUGAUCCCGCGCUCGGCGCUGAGCAUGGCCGAUCCCGAGGAGCUGCAGCGGCGCCGCGCCGCCGACGCGGGGAAGGUUAUCAUCAUGAUGUCCAAGGACAACAUCGCAGCGCUGGGGGUCAUAUGCUCGCUCAGCAUACUCGGGGCGAUCUACCUGUGGAAGAUCUGCACCCGCCACAGCUGCUCCUGCCGGAUGUGCCGCAACCAGUACCGCACGCACCACUUGCUCGGGUCGGGGGGCUACGGCUCCGUGUGGCUGGUGGAGCGCCUGGUGGACGGCCGGCAGUUCGUCUCCAAGAAGAUCCCGGUGCGCGAGAUCACCGAGGUGGACGAGUACAGCCUGGAGGCCAAGGAGCUCAUCAAGCUUCGGCACAGGCACAUCGUGUCCUACGAGGACGACUUCGUUCACGUCGAGUACGGCGCCCUGGAGCCGCGGACCUUCCAGGUGAUAAUCAUGGAGUACUGCCCCGAAGGCGACCUCAAGGAGAAGAUCGAGGUGGACUUCAACAGCUUCACGGAGCAGUGGGUCCGAACCAUCUUCGCGCAGCUCCUGCAGGCAGUCCAGUACCUGCACAGCAAGAGCCGUCCACCGGGACCUCAAGUCGCAGAACGUCUUCCUGGCGGAAGACGGGCACGUGCGCCUCGGCGACUUCGGCCUCUGCCGGCGCACGCCCGGCCAGGUGCUGGGGCAGGCCACGAUGUCGCACGCGGGCACCGACUGCUACAUGGCGCCCGAGUGCCUGGCCUCGUCCAAGUACGGGAAGCCCGCGGACAUGUGGUCGCUGGGCUGCGUGCUGCUCGAGCUGUGCUCCGGGGUCUUCAUGUGGGAGCUGGACGGCAUCCUGGGCGCGAUGGUCAUGCAGGAUUCGCAUGCCGUGCACAAGCUGGUGAAGGCGAACUUGGUGCCCGCCGUUGGCGCCGCGCUGGCCGCGCUGGUGCGACGGCUGCUGGCCGUCGGCCCCGCGGCGCGCCCGACGGCCACGGCCUGCAUCCGGAGGAAGCUGUUCAAGCGUGGCUUCUCCAUGUCCCGCCAGCCGUUCGGGGAUUCGCUGCCACCCGCAGAGGACGACGGCGACCGCACGCCCAGCCCGACGAGUGCCCAGCAGGAGGCCAGCGAGGCGAUGCGCAGGCUCGGGAUCACGCCCGCGGACCCCGGCAGCGGGUCCGACGACGACGGGGAGUCGGACACGGAGGACGAGGGCGGCUCCUCGGGCACCGGCGCGGGCGAGCCGGAGGAGCCCGUGGCCCUGGCGGUGCGGUCGAAGACGGGCGACGCGCUCGGGCGCCAGCGCAUCCGACGCCGCAGAGCGAACAAGUGGUACUGA